AUGCUUGUACACGCACUGACAGGUGAGAGUCAAAAAAUAGUAAAGAAAGUACUAUCAAAUGGACUUACUGUUUUACUUAAGCCCAUGCCAGUGAAAGAGUGUUUAAUUGGUCUGGCAAUAAAAGGUGGUGCAAUUGAGAGUUCAAAGCAGGGAUAUCCGAAUGGGACAGCACAUCUUUUAGAGCAUGUACUUAUUAACAGGAUCCCACGGGGUGUAAGAGACAAAAUGAACAUAAAUGGGAAAACAUCACAAACACACAUUUCAGUGUAUGGGCACACCAAAGAGAACAGUUCAAGAGUACUUACAAAGGAGUUAUUAAGCAGUAUAUCACACCCAGUAAACCAGAAGAGUAUUAAUGAAGAGGUACCAAGAGUUCUUAAAGAAAUAAGUAUGGUAAGCGGAACACAUUCAGACCAACAAGAGAAAUUUAUUACAGCUAUAACAGAGGACUCACAUUUACUCAACUCAUCUAUCCUGGGAACUGAAGAGACCAUUAAAAAUAUCAGUAAAGACCAUUUACAAAGAUUCCUUAGGAGUACAGCAGUCCCUGGGAGUGUACUAUUAGUUGGUAUGGGCAACAUACACGUGCCUGGUAUAUUGAAUAUCGCAAAAAGCAUUAAGUUAAACAGACCAAGUACAGAAUUACUGUCUAAUAAAGAGAGUACAUCACUCAUUCCGAAAUAUGCACAAGCACAAACAAGCACAGAUCCAGCAGCGAAUAAUAAUUUAUUUCUAAUGGGAUAUAAAUUUCCAUGGAAUAAAAACAUUAAAUCAUAUGCCACGUAUUUAGUAAUGGCCGAUUCUAUCCAGAGAGCACUCGACCCAUCCUUAGGGAUAACAGCUCAUUUGAGUUAUUCACAGCUAGGAGGAGUAUUAUACUUUACAAUUCCCACUAAAGUGUAUAGUAAGCAGGAAUUUACUUCUAUUAUUCAGAAGGCCACCAGGAAUAUUCAGAAGGAUUUAUCAGAAUUUAAAUAUGAAGAAGGUCUCAUGGGACUGCCGCAUUUAGACAUUUCUACAUACUUAUUCUCAAUAGGACUAGGCCCAACUUCCACUGAUGAUUUAUUUGAUGCGAUUAAGUCUAUAACUGAUUCUGAUAUUUCUGAGGGGGUAAAGGCCCUUAAUAUUUCUAAUUGUUAUACUUCCACUGACAGUGCUUAACCCGAAUAAUCCAAACUUAUUUAAAUCAUGCACCCAUAUUUUCAACAGUUUUAUUUAAAGUGUGCUGUAACAUUGUAUGAUUUAUACAAAGAUAUUUAGUAAUAGAACAGGAGAGUGUGUGUAGUGGGAUGAUUCUCAGUGUACAGAAGUAUUUCCAUAUUUUGAGUUAUUUAUGAUUAUAUCUGGGCAUGUCAAAUAUAAGGAAUUAGUCUAAUUACUGUAUAAUAUAAAGAAGAG